AUGACUAGGGAUCAGCACGGGAGGUACGGAGAGAAAUUGGGAGGCGGGAGGGACACGUUGAGAGAGAUUCGCAAUACAGAACGGAAGGCGAAUGUGAUCGUCGUGGCUUGCGUUGUCCUGUUUUUCGUUGUCGCGGUUUUUGUGGCAAGGAGGAAGGUCGUCAACUCGAAUACCGCCACGUUUCUUGUUAGACCGAUGAUGAGGAUUGUGUUUGCACCGGUUCGGAUUGCGUCGAGAGUAUUUGGAUUUGUGUUUAGAAGGCGGGGGGGAGCAAGUGCCAACCAGAGACGACGAAAACAUGCAUCGCAGAACAUGGACGCUGAUGCAAAGGAGAAGACAAUAGGAGAACGGGAACCAUCGCAAAUUAUUGCGUCCACGGAUACAACGCCAGGCGAAGCCCAUAAGGGUGAGUCAGUUGACAAAGUCAAUACGGGUGGGCGAGUGGGUGAUCCUGGCACUUUAACAGAUGUAGUCGAUGAAGAGAGCCCGACGAGCGAAGACCAGUCUGCUAAGCCAGCCGGCUCCGAAGACGGACGGCCUGACAAAGAGUUUGGAAAAGGUGGAGACGAAGAAGCGAAUGCAAGCACGACUCAGGGCACGAGGAAGCAAUCUGAUACCACUGUAACCCAAACACAAGAUGGGCGAGGGGCUGAAACCCCUGAUGAAGCCUUGCGCGCAUAUGUAGGCGGCACUAAGGAAAUGCGAAAAAAGGAGCUCAGCGAAGGCGCGGAGGAAGGCUUUGUAGAUGGGUUCGAGUGGCAAGACGGCGCGACUGGUGCUGACAAGGUUGGGGAACAGCAGGAGAAGAACCCCAACGAAGAAAUCAAAGUACAUGCCCCAGAGGAAGAGGGCACGGGUGCGGAGGGGAGCUUAGUCACUGAAGAUGAUACGGAAGCCAGUCAUGUGGGAGAGGGGGAUCGCCCGGCACCUUCGGCAAAGGACAUUCGCGAGGAAGAAUAUAAAGCAGAAGGGGAAGGCUUCGCAUCGGAUCAUGAUGAGACUGGAAGCGUCGGCACUGCAUCGUAUGAGGAUGUCCCGAACGUUGACCACGAAGAGGAUCAGACAGGAGAACUCGCUGCAAUACAUGCGAAGGACGAAGAGGAAGCUCGCGCCGCGACGGAAAUUUCUGAUGCUGAUGCUAUCACAGUUGAUGACGAGGUAGAUGGCGGAGGAAGGGAGGAGAACAAUUCAGAUACUACUGAAGAAAUUGACGAAGCGAUGCGGGCUCUUGAGGGAGGUACCAAGGAGAUGCGUGAAAGGGAGCUUACGGAGGGAAUAAGGGAAGGGAAUACGCAGAGUGAGGAGAUCCUUGGCAACGCGAUGAGCACCGAUAAGGCUGAUUAUGUGAAUAUGAAUGAAAAGUGGCCAAGGAGCGAAAAGAGAGACGGCACCACGAUAGAUGACAGCACUGCUACAGAGGCACUGCACCUUGCCGGGGAUGGCACUGAAGAAGUAGAGACACAUGGUUACGUACACCCUAAGAACGAUGGCGGUGCAGAUGGCCCAGUCGGACGCGAUACGAUCGAUGAUCGCAACAUACGUGCGGAUCAGAUUCUGUCUAGCUCGGUAGGAAACGAUGCGGGGCCAGAAGCGAAAGUUGAAGAGGAUCCGCAAUUGGAAGCAGGAGACAGCCCCAACAAAGCGAAGGAUAACGAAGAGAGCUUAUCCUUGGAUCGCAAGGACGAGGAGAAAACGAGAGAAAGGGAUAAUUUCACUCACACUAAAGCGGCGGCACAAGUUGAAACAUCUGCACAUGACAUGCACGGCAGCGCGCACGAGGACACAGCAAAGCCAAAGGUCGUAUCUGAAGUCAAACCACCCAAAAAGAGUAAACCAUCUGAUUCUGAUAUCACAAAUCCCGACGGGGACGUGGUAGUCGACGAAGAUAGCACGUCCAACCGCAGGAAAGACCUGAAGAUCAGUCCUACUUUCAUAGACGCUCUAGGCGAGGGGAAAGCGGCAGGCGAAUCCUCAGACGAAGAUGCAGGCUUAGGUGGAUAUCCAACGGAUGAUGACUAUGUUGAGGACCUACCUUCGCUCGCAAAUUCAGCUCGGGAUGAGGACCUUGAAGAAGAUUCAGCUGCAUAUGGAGACUUUUCCGACAUUUCAAGCGAUGAGGGCAUCUCGGAGCGUGACGUGUCGAAAGAAUUCGACUUUCCUGCGGACGAACCAAGUCGUCACAGUCACUCUGUUCGGAAAGGCAACGCGAAAGAUGGCACAGGGAAGGUCGCGGGAGAGGGAGAGAUUAACGGCCUAAGCAAAAGUCAAAUGAAGAUGGAUGAUCUCACAGGCACCAACAAGGGAAGGAGCGGAUUCGAUGCGAGUGCUGUUCGUGUAGAGCAUGAAGAAUUGUAGUUCACACAUUCACUUCUAACUUUUCCAUUUUGCACAUAAAUCCACUUUAAUUGAACCUCGCUAUGCGCGAAACACA